AUGAACGAGAGCGCCACCACCAUAUCAUAUCUCAAUUUUGAUCUCUCAUCACCAGGAUUGGAAAAAUCUGAGACUAUAAAGCGUAAUAGAUUCACUUCAGCUGAUGCGAUGAUGAUGAUGAUGAUGAUGAUGAUGAUGAUGAUGAUGAUGAUGAUGAUGAUGUGCUUAGGAAUUGUUCAAAUCUGUUACGAAUUUAGUAUACUUUUCGAUUAUGACUCUGUUUGUUUAGAGGGUGAGAAAAGGGUUGGCUUAUUCGAACGGAUCGUGAAGUGUUUGUUUCUCACUGACCCCAAGCAAGCGAGAGAAAUUCUUAAUGAUGAUCCUUUGCUUUGCUUCAUGAAUAUUAGCUGCAAUGUUGGGAACUCCCAGAAACAUAGCAGAUUAGAUGAGUUCAACCCUCUUCAAGGCCACCUUGGAGGAAGCUUUGAAAUCCCCACUAAUUUCAAGAUACACCUGGACAUUUGA